GACCCGGAAGUGGGCUGAAAGGGAACCCGGAAGUCCUGGGAAGAAAAGGGAAGCGGCGAGACUCCGGCCAGGAUGGACGACACGCUCUUCCAGUUAAAGUUCACAGCCAAGCAGUUGGAGAAGCUCUCCAAGAAAGCAGAAAAGGACUCCAAGACCGAGCAAGCCAAAGUCAAGAAGGCCCUUCAGCAGAAGAAUGUGGAGUGUGCACGUGUCUACGCAGAGAACGCCAUCCGGAAGAAGAACGAAGGCGUCAACUGGCUGCGCAUGGCUUCCCGCGUGGACGCAGUGGCCUCCAAGGUUCAGACGGCAGUGACCAUGAAAGGGGUGACGAAGAGCAUGGCCCAGGUGACCAAGGCCUUGGACAAAGCCCUCAGCUCCAUGGACCUGCAGAAGGUCUCGGCGGUGAUGGACAAAUUCGAGCAGCAGGUGCAGAACCUGGACGUCCACACUUCGGUGAUGGAGGACUCCAUGAGCUCAGCCACGACGCUGACCACACCCCAGGAGCAAGUGGACAGCCUGAUUGUGCAGAUCGCGGAGGAAAACGGCCUGGAGAUCAUGGAUCAGCUGAGCCAGUUGCCUGAGGGCGCCUCUGCGGUGGGAGAGAGCUCUGUGCGUUCCCAGGAGGAUCAGCUGUCGCGAAGGUUGGCGGCCUUGCGGAAUUAACCUCCCUCGCUCCUAGGAAGUGCUGCUUCUGCCUCGGCCAUGUAUGAUUUGUGGGGUCUCUGUAAGAGACCCCUGGCCUUCUGUUCCCCCCUCCUCCUCCUCUUUGGACUGGUCCCCCACUCUGUGGGCACGUGGCAAGACCAUCACUAAAUGCCUCCCCCCAUUUCGGGAUGAUUGCUCAGCUCCUCUCUGAAGCGGCAGAGGCGGUGGCAGGCUUGCCUACAUGUAAGCGGGGGGGGGGGGGACACUUUGCAGGGUUGUUUUUUGUUCCAGAGACUCUCCUUUCAGUCUGGGUUUUGGGUCACAUUCUUGGGUUUGGGGGUUGGAGGAAUCGGAUCCCAGGACCCUUGCAAACGAAUUCAAACGUGGCCCUUGCAAGAAUGAGCUUGCGUGCAUUCUGAAAAGGAGCAGGGUCCCGAUCCACACUGCUGCCUGCGUGUGUAGAGGCAGGCAUGGCAUGGCGCUCCUCCUUUUGUGGCUCCCGGGGGUCAGGCCUGCCAGUAGAUGAGAUGUGCUCCCCAGACCCCCUUUGGCAGCACCUCUGCUCCCUCCCUUGGAUUGACAAGCACCGUCAAGUGACCUUUGUUAUUGAUGCACUCACCCUCUGCUGCCUCCGCACCCACCCCUCCCUGGAACUCCCAUCAGCUGGGUUUGAGGCCCUCCUCCGCUUUCCCCAGCAGGCCUCCCUGCAUGCAGGUUGGCUUUGGCCCAUUUCCUGAGGCCUCUGCUGCUAGAGAGACUUCUCUGCCUCUUCCCAGACAUCCCUGCUGUUGUCAAAAAGACUUGGGGCCUCGAAGCAGAGGUUGCUGGAUGGCUUCGAGCACUGAUCCUGGACGCGGCUGCCAUGCUCCGUUCUGCCCAAGCAGCACUGAGAAGCAACCUGCUCAAGAGGUCAGCCCUGUAAAGCAGGACUUAAGGCAGAGGGCUGGAAAGGGGGGAUGAAAGUCUCUUGCUGGGAUCUGAAAAGAGGCUAUUAUUGCUCUCUUUUGACCCCCCCCCCCUUUUCAAUUUCUCAAGGGCCUUGUACCUUUCCUGCUCCUCCGUCUCCCCUUCCUGCUGUAAAGAUCUGGGGGAAGCAUGUAUCAAAGGCCUUCUCGGUCAAUGGAAGGCAUGUCCUCCAACUCUUGGGGUCCUGUGUUCUGGUUUGCCUUCUCUCUCUCUUUUUUUUAAAGAAUUAAACCAAGUACUGUUAAUUCCUUGACGUUGUUUUAAAUAAAUGAAUACUGUCUGGAAA